UAAUGGACGAUGAUGAAGUUGAAAGCCAGCAGUGAAAUGUCAAAUAUACAUUACAUGUCAAAUUAAAACUUUAAAAAUACCGUAAUGAUUGUAUUAUGAUUAUCGCCUAUAAAUCGUGCUAUAAACGCAUUAAGGAUACAAAAUUAAUAAUUUGUAUCAUCUACUGAUAAUUAUUACUGGCAAAUAUGUCCAUAAAUUUGGUUACCGAGUUAAUAUUUGCUGGUGAUACUGAACAAUUAAAAAAUGUAUUAAAAACAGAAGAAUUAAAUAUAAAUGAAUGUGACAGUGAAGGAUAUGCUCCUCUUCAUGCUGCUGUCAUUUCUGAUAAUUUAGAAGCUCUAGAUCUACUUUUGGGCCAACCUAAUGUUGAUAUCAAUGUAGUAAAUGAGGAUAAUAAAACAUGUAUUUUCAUGGCUAUACUUUACAACAGAGAUAUAAACAUUAUAAAACGAUUGAUAGAUAUGGGUAGUGAUGUUAAUAUUUGCAAUAGCGAGCAUAGUUCAACACCAUUACAUCUCACAGUCAUUUCCAGUCAUACAGACAUUGCAGAACUGUUAAUUAAAUGUGGUGCAAACAUAAAUGCUGUAGAUUACUGUGGUUUUACCCCUUUACAUGAGGCUGUGCUAUAUAAUAAUUUGGAAAUGGUCCAACUAUUACUUUUUUAUGGGGCAGAUACUAGUAUUAAGUGUGACAAUUUAUGUACUCCUUUUAAGGCAGCAAUACAUCAUUCCUAUCAUGCUAUUGCCUCAGAAUUAAUUGAAUAUGAAUGUGAUUUUAAUGAUACUACUUGUUAUGCUGGCAGUAUUUUGUCAAUUAGCCUAAGCACAAACAAUCCUUUGACUGAGGAAAUAAUUGAUAGGGGAGCAGACGUAAAUUUAGUUAAUUGGGAUAGAAGCAUAGCUUUAGAAUAUACACUUUGCAAAAAUACUGCCCGAUUGUUCAAAAAGAUUUGGCCACUAAUAGACAAGAAUCUUUUGUUGAAUCAUUGUGAUAAGCCUUUUCUUUAUUCCUAUAUAUUUUUUUGUCGAUUUUUAAAGAAAGAAUGGACGGAAUGUUUAUACGAAUUAUUAUCGUCAGAGAUUGCAUUCGAACUUGUUGACAACUGUGUAGUCUGGGCUGAAACUGAAAACGACUUCAGUUGUCUUUUUGAAUGUGUAAUAAACGCGUUUGUUAGAAAAAAGGUCGAAAAAUGCGAUCGAAUUGCUAUUAUUUAUAUUUUAUUGACACUGGAUAUGCCUACAUUUCAGAGCGAUAUUUUGGACAUUUACAAUUACUAUGGAUAUAAUGAGGAGUUGGAAGCGCUCCUAUUUACAAAUGUGCGAACAUUUCCAACGCCUGACGAAAUUAACAAAAAUACUUUACUAGCAACGUUUAUUGUUGAUUAUACUGUGAAAAUUAACUCAGUUAUUAUUGAAUUUUUGAAAAAAGAUGUUCCAGACGAAGAUUUGCCCACGUUUUUGAAAUGUUUCACGCGCGUUUUAGAUUUUUGUACUCCAAUUAAAACUAUUAAAGAUGUAUACUACAACAAACUUUUACAAAUUUCAAGUGUAGAAGAAUCAUAUACCUCAAAUCUAGUCAAAGACCUUCACAAUACAAUUGUUUAUAAAUUUAAUAACAUGCAAGAAAUUCCAACGUUAUUAGAAUUGAGUAGAAAUGCCGCGAGAACUUUUGUCUACAAUAACACCACAAAAAAGAACUCUUGUUAUUAUCAGACUUUUUUAAAAGAAUUAGAAAUACCCGAAAUAUUGAAAGAUAUUAUUAAAUUUAAACAGUGCCUUUAUAAAGUUCAAUAAUGUGUUUCUUUUGUUUAUUUUAACUUAUUACUUUUGUGGAAGAAUUUAUUUUUAGUUAUACUGUAUACACUGGUUAAUAAAAACCUUUUUUACAUGCGUAAUUGUAGUGUUUAUACACCUUUAUGACAAUUGUGAUGCUUUUUAAGCUUUUAUUACCAAAGUUUAAAAAUCUGCCAUCUUCCCGAAAGGCCGUGAAAAUAAAAAAAAAAAAUAUGACAACUGCUGUAUGGAAAGAUAGUUCUGUAUUAAUAAAUGAAAGUUAGUAACACUUGAAACAAUGUAGUAAGAUGUUUCUGAUUGUCAUUGAGAAAAAGAAAGGAGGGAGGGGAUCCUAAUUGGAUUUCCUCCCCACAUUAUGCUUUUAAUAAGUACAAUUUUCUUAACCCGAUUUAUCUAUUGCUCAUUGGCCCUCAAUUUGUGGAAAUAUGUAGUGUGUGCCUUGAUGAUUUUAUCUAUGUGUUGUAAUUUCGUGUAAGUACCUCUUUGAAAUUGCUGGAUACUUAUUUUUGUGUUAUAAUUUUUGGGAGAGUUUUAUUAUGUUCUCUUUGCUUAAAGGUGCAGUUAUUAAUUUUGCUUUUGCUUAAACAUAGUAAAUGCAUUAGUGUACCUUCAAUUAAUUAAUCAGAGCAUGUUAAAUAGUUCUCUUUCUCAAUUAAUCAUUACAAUAUUUUUUAAGACAUUAUUUUUUUGGUUCAGGUACAGUACUACUAUUUUUGUUGUAUUAACAAUAAUUACUGCAUGGGUUACUUAUUGUGUUUGUGUCUAAUAAACGUAAGGGCUAGUUGCGAGGGGGGGGGUAUAGUACGAUGUUAUAAAUAUUUUACUUUGGCGCAAUUAACAACCAAGAAUUAGGUCCAAAACUUUUUGCAUAAAAGGAUUUUGAAGAGAAUUGUCUUCCUUUUGAAAAAAUGAGACCUCAUACAUAGAGUAGUACUUAAUAAAUAAUUUAAAUAUUAACAAUUUUUGAAUUAUUUUCAUAUUAAAGUUUAAAUAAGGUUAUUCUCAUUAACAUUAACAGAAAAAGGAUAUGAAAUAGAUACAAACACAAAAACAAACAAAUUGUAUAAUUUUGCCUUAACUUUGAGAGGUUUAAAUUUGAAUUUAUGAAAAUAUCCAAUGAUUAUUA